AUGGAGGAUGCAAACAGAUUGGGCCCUGCACUGCAACGAACCACAAUUUUAAACGGGGUCGUAUUAAUUUUGAAAGAAUUAGAUUAUUUCACGUCAUCUGAAAGUGAAGAUGAAAUGGAAAAUCUUACACCUUUGGUGGAUAAGAGAAAAUUGCCAAAAUUAGAAAACUACGUUGAAAACAUUGUGCCAGCUUAUAAUAAUCAUCAAUUCAAGUCACAUUUCAGAAUAAACCGAGAUACAUUUGAGUAUAUAUUUACCAUUAUCGCUCCAAGAUUGAAAAGAAUAAGUGUGGGUCUUCCAAUGAUUUCUCCGGAGAAGCAAUUUCUUAUUGCAUUAUGGUGUAUGGCUACACCUGAUUCUUACAGGUCCAUAUGUGAGAAAUUUGAUCCAUCAAGAAAUAGUGUCAACGAAGUUUGGACUGGGUUUGAAGCUACCAGUGGUUUUCCGAAAGUAAUUGGAGCAAUAGACGGUACUCACAUAAAUAUUCCAGUACCUCUUAUUGAACCAGUAUCGUAUAUAAAUUGUAAGGGCCAUUAUUCUAUUCAACUGCAGGCUGUAUGUGACCAUAGAACAAAUUUUAUUCACUGUUACGUUGGACACCCAGGUUCUGUACACGAUCAACGUGUUUUUAGAUUAUCUGAGUUGCAACAGUGGUUGGGGGAUCCUGAUAAAUUUCCCCAGAACUGCCACAUCCUUGGUGAUGCUGCAUAUAAGUUACACGAAAAUGUCAUUGUUCCUUAUCGUGACAACGGACAUCUCACUAUUAGACAAAGAAACUUUAAUUUCUGUCAUUCGUCAAGCAGAAUAGCAAUUGAAAGAGCUUUCGGAUUACUGAAAACAAGAUUCCGUACGGUUUUAAAU